CCAAACGUUUGUCAUCGGUGCUGAAGUGCGCUGGACUUGAGCUUGAACCCCGUGUUUUCUGGAAACGUCCACAGCAGCUUCUGCUGUGCGGUGGAAUGAAGUCAUCAGCAGCCUGCAAAGUGUGCUAUUUUAUGAUGUCUGAACACGCGGAGCGAUAUACAGCAGCGAUUGCGGCUUUUCUCUGCGGAUCUUUGCUAUUGUUCUGUGUUUUAUAGCAGUGCUCGGGCAUCGCAGUGCUCCGCUCUGCCAAUAAAAUGUGAACCCGACAAAGAGAGAGAGAGAGGCAGAGAGGGGAGCGGGGUGGGCUGUGCCUCGCAGUGAGGGAGUGCCAUCGUGGGAGCGGUUUGCUCCUUCACAUCAGACCUCUGCUAUCCCUCCAAGCCGGAGGACCGAGGAGGAGCCGCCGUCCUGCGUUGCUCUCUGCGGACUCACGGAUAAUAGCGCACUACAGCUGAGAAAAUGGUUUUGCUGCUGCCGAUGGUUACCCUUUACACGCUGAGCGUCUUUAGCGGAGCAUCCGCCGCCACUCACUAUAAUUGUAACGGCCCUCUGGUAUCGGCGCUGCCCCAUUCAUCCUUUCAGAGCUCCUCUGAGUCCUCCGUCAGCUAUGCUGCCUACAACGCCAAGCUCAACAGAAGAGAUGGUGCAGGAGGUUGGUCUCCAAUGGUAACUGACCAGGAGCCCUGGCUCCAGGUGGACCUCAGGGAGCAGAUGGAGGUGACUGCUGUAGCCACACAGGGACGCUAUGACAGCUGGGACUGGGUCAGCAGUUACCUGCUGCUCUACAGUGACACAGGCCGGGCUUGGAAACAGUACAGACAUGAGGAUGGCGUAGGGAGGUUUGUCGGGAACGGGAACUCGGAGAGCGUCGUUCAGAACAAGCUGUCCCACCCUGUGAGGACACGCUUCCUGCGAUUCGUCCCCCUUGACUGGAACCCCAGUGGCUGGAUGGGCCUCAGGGUGGAGGUGUACGGGUGCUCCUACAAGUCAUACGUGGCAGACUUUGAUGGCAGAAGCUCAUUGCUGUAUCGGUUCAACCAGAAGUCCAUGUCGACGGUCAAGGACGUGAUCUCUCUGCGCUUCAAAAGCCAUCAGGCCGAGGGCGUAUUGCUGCAUGGAGAGGGGCAGAGAGGAGAUUACAUCACCCUAGAACUUCACAGAGGAAGACUGGACCUCUACCUCAACUUAGAUGAUAGCAGAGCGAGGUUCAGCAGCCAUCGUGUUCCUGUCACUGUGGGCAGUCUGCUGGAUGACCAGCACUGGCACUCGGUUCAUAUAGAGCGCUUCAACAAGCAGGUUAACCUCACAGUGGACUCCUACACACAGCGCUUCCAAACCAAAGGGGAAGGACACUCACUGGAGGUGGACUACGAGCUGAGCUUUGGAGGGAUCCCGUUGCCGGGUAAGCCCGGCACCUUUCUGAGGAAGAACUUCAAUGGUUGCAUGGAAAACCUCUACUACAACGGGAUCAAUGUCAUAGAUCUGGCAAAGAGACGCAAGCCGCAGAUACACAGCGUGGGCAAUGUGACCUUCUCGUGUUCGCAGCCCCAGCUGGUGGCUUGCACCUUUGUGAGCUCCAGCAGCAGCUUCCUGUCGCUCCCAUCAGCAUCGCCUGCUGUGGGGGGUUUCUCCGUUCGCUUCCAGUUCAGGACGUGGAACCCGGAGGGGUUGCUGCUCUCCGUCCAACUCAACCCAGAUCCACAGAAGCUGAGGCUGCAGAUCAGCAACAGCUGGCUACGCCUGACCCUCCACAGCUCGGGACGACAGAAAUCAGAGGUCUCAGCCGGCAGGAGAGUCAGCGAUGGGCUGUGGCACUCUGUGAGCCUCGACGGCAGGAACCUACAGAUCACUCUGACUGUGGAUAACGAGCCCUCCUCCACUAUUGAACUUUGGGAACAAGUGCAAUCCAGAGGCAGCUUAUACUUUGGAGGCUGUGCUGCGACUGCUCCAGACUGCCAGGGCUUUGCUCCGGCGUUCCAGGGUUGUAUGCGGCUCAUAUUCAUCAACAGCCAGCUGAUGAAUCUCAGUCAUGUACAGCAAGGACUGCUGGGGAAUUAUAACGAGCUUCAGUUCGACACGUGCAAUAUAAAAGACAGAUGCCUUCCUAACCUGUGUGAGCACGGAGCGCGCUGUUCUCAGAUGUGGAGCUCUUUCUCCUGUGACUGCUCGGGGACGGGUUAUGCUGGAGCGACAUGUCACAACUCCAUUUACGAGUCUUCCUGUGAGGCCUACAAGCUGAGUGGCAGCUCAUCGGGCUUCUACUUCAUUGAUCCAGAUGGGAGUGGUCCUUUGGGGCCCACACAGGUAUACUGCAACAUGACAGAGAAGAAGGUGUGGACCGUGCUGUCCCACAACAGCACAGCUCCGGUCACAGUUCAGACCUCAUCCCUUCAGAAACCUCACGUCAUGAUCUUCAACUACAGCGCUUCGGCCAAACAACUACGUGCCAUCGUAUCUGGGUCGGAACAGUGCCAACAGGAAGUGGUUUACAACUGCAGGAAGUCCCGUCUUUUUAACACAAAAGAUGGCAGUCCGCUUUCGUGGUGGCUGGACCGGGAAGGAGAAAAGAGGAGCUACUGGGGAGGCUUCCUGCCUGGAGUUCAGCAGUGCUCCUGCAGCCUGGAGGAGAACUGCAUUGACAUGAACUACUUCUGCAACUGUGAUGCUGACACAGACACAUGGGCUAAUGACACAGGAGUCCUCUCCUACAAAGACCACCUACCAGUGAGCCAGAUAGUGAUCGGAGACACCGACAGAAUGGGCUCGCAGGCUGUCUACCACAUCGGCCCUCUGCGUUGUUAUGGAGACAGGUCGAUAUGGAACGCAGCCUCUUUCUACCAGGAGUCGUCGUACCUGUACUUCCCCACCCUACAGGCAGAGCUGGCGUCUGACAUCUCCUUUUACUUCAAGACCAGCACUCCUUCUGGAGUGUUCCUGGAGAACCAGGGCCUCAAGGACUUCAUCAGAGUCGAGCUUAGCUGUGAGUGCACGUUGUCUUUCUCCUUCGACGUGGGAAACGGUCCGGCGGUCCUGUCCGUGAAGUCCCACGUCCCUCUGAAUGACAGGCAGUGGCACUACGUGAGGGCGGAGCGCAACGCCAAGGAGGCCUCCGUGCAGGUCGACCAGCUCCCCCUCCGCUUCCUGGAGGCUCCGGCUGACGGACACCUCCGCUUACGGCUCAGCAGCCAGCUGUUCGUAGGAGGAACGGCGUCCCAGCAGAGAGGCUUCCUGGGCUGCAUCAGGUCUCUGACCGUCAAUGGUGUCAGCUUCGAUCUGGAGGAGAGGGCCAAGAUGACGCCGGGAGUGAGCGCCGGCUGUCCCGGCUACUGCACCGGAUCCAGCAGCCUCUGCCACAACCGAGGGAGGUGCGUGGAGAAAAGCAACGGCUACAUCUGUGACUGCUCACAGUCUGCCUACGGAGGAACCACCUGCAACCAAGAGGUGUCUGUGUCCUUCGACAGAGAGUCCUCCGUCACCUACACCUUCCAGGAGCCCUUCUCAGUGAUGCAGAACAGAAGCUCUCAGGCCUCCACCUCCUCCACGGACAGCAGAGCCAGAGAGGACGUGGCCUUGAGCUUCGUCACCUCCCAGAGACCAGCCAUGCUGCUCACUGUCAGCACCUUCAGCCAGCAGUACAUCGCUGUCAUCCUGGCCACAAAUGGGAGUGUGCAGAUCUGGUAUCACCUGCAGACAGGCAAGAAACCGGACGUCUUCACUCCCACCCCGAGUAAUCUGGCAGACGGACGUCUUCAUCGAAUCAGAAUCCACCGAGUCGGCAAAAACCUCUAUGUACAGAUCAACCAGGACAUCCACAGAAAGUACACACUGUCAUCUGACGCAGAGCUGAUCCUCAUACGAUCGCUGACGUUAGGCAAAGUCACCAGAAUGGAGAAUUUUGAUGAGGAAGUGAUACAAGGAGCUUCUAAAGGUUUCAUUGGCUGCCUCUCCUCAGUCCAGUUUAAUCAUGUCGCACCACUGAAGGUAGCGCUGACCAAUCGCGGGAGCUCAUUGGUCACCGUCCGUGGCCCGCUGGUCCAAUCAAAUUGUGGCGCGCUAGCCGAGUCACAUACUCUGCAAGAUCAGGCUGUAAAUGCAAAUAAAGACAAAGAGCAGCGUGCCGGCAGCACCCAGAAGGAUUUGGCUGUAAUAGCAGGUGUGGUCACUGCAGUGGUCUUCAUAACCGUGUGCGCACUGGCUGUGGUGAUCCGCCUGGUGUACCAGCAGCGGCGGGCCCAGAGGAGCAGCGGCAGCAUCAAAGAGGAGCACAGACACAGCAUGUACACAGACUACAGGACUGAGCUGCACCUCCACAACCCAGUCAGAGACAGCGUGAAGGAAUACUACAUCUGACUGCAGCGUGCAGCCGAUGUCACAAACUUACCUCUUUCUUCUAAAGGACUCACAGGUGGACGUGCUGCCGCAGGAUUUCUUACAACACUGCAUAUCUCCGCCCUGGAAGUUCCCCAGGGACUCUGCAAAAGUCAGCAGACUCCACUCUCAAUGCUCCUGUAAAAGCAGGCGGCUGAAUCUUUGCAGCUCGUAGUGUAUUUGAUGUUGGUGAAAUUGUCAGAAUCAAGCUGCCGUGGUUUCCGUCAUUGCGAAAUGUGUAAAGCAAAAGUCGAUCGUUCCCAGGGGUGAACGCGGGGGCGUGGACGAGCGCAGCGAGCGCAGAAGCCGCCGACCGUCCUGAAUGUGCACAACAAUAUUUCCACAUUUCUGUGGGACUCACUAAAUUGUAUUUGUUAGUCAGGAAAUGUAGGCAAGGCCUGUAAGAUAUGCAUCCAUCCGCUGCUCUCUAUUUGUGUUUCCACUGGGGGUGAAUGUCGCAGCAAAGGGACAACACUGCCGACACUGUGAGUGCCUGAUUUGCAUAUCUGUUUGGAUUUGAGUUCUUGCUGUGACCCUCACAGACGCAGGCACAUGUCCCCACAAAAGAGCUUAUUGUCAUUCGCUGAAGAAAAUGGGAAUUUCAUAGAAUUUCAUCGUCUCUAGAGCGCAGCCGUUGGCGAGGGGUGACCAUCGCUAACAUUUCUUUCAACAGGCUGUUUACCACGGCGCGGUUGAUAGCAGCGUGCAAACUGACAGAUGGAACAGGCCCAUAGAUUCUUUGUUGAUGUGCAGCGAGGGCCUCAUUUAUCAACGUCUGCAGGACGAAAAUAAUAAUAAUGAUGACCAUGAUAAUAAAAACUGAUCGCGUGCCCACAGCACAGUGUUCAGCACAUCAUGAAGUUACCCUCAGCACAUAGACGGGGGUCCACACACCCACAUAUUUGAGGUUUCUGAGUGGGAGAAGUGACCACAAUAACCCCUGUUUGUGUUGUCGUCAUUCCCAGAUUCAUGUCACAAAGGUGUGACCAGCGUGUGAGGCUGCCGUGCUCACAGACGACCUCACACAGACGUGUCACAUAUGUAAGGGGUGGAUGUAGCCGCCAUGGCAUCCUUUAGAGUAGCCUCGUGCUGAGCACUGAUAGCCCAGCAAUCAGUCACACUGUAAAGCCCUGUUUUAUUCUCUGUUUGACUCAACGAGGACCAGUGAACAUCUCGUCACAGUCUUUUCUAUAAACCUGGCCACACCAAGUGUUACGUGGAUAAAUGAACAUCGGUGGAAUUUGAAUCUGACGUCGCUACUUUCAUGUGACAACAACAAAACGUACAAACGUGAUAUUAACGAGGAGAAAAAGCUGAUAAAUGAGGCCGACUCAGUGUCAACAGCGAGUGUUGCAGCUGUUUCUGUUCAUAAUGAAGGAGAUGCAAUGUGUAAAAAAGGUGUGAAUUGUGUCAUAAAGUAGCAGAAAUAAGAAAAUAGCUGAGAGAAAUGUAUUAUUUAUAGCAGUUAUUUGUGACAAGACUAAAGGGUGUAAUCAUCAAGCAGAGGGUCCACGUGAAACACCACAGGCAGCCAGUAGCAGCCGUUACAGCCUCCAACCCUGCAGCUUGUGUUCAGUAACAUACAGACAGCAGUUUGCUUCAUACGACAGGUUUUGGGUUCACAGAAGUCACAGUAACGAGGUUUCGUGGAGGAGAACGUCCGAACUUUGCUGGCAAAUGUCUGGGAGUUGUUUCAUAGAGCAUUCACUUGUGGAGCACCAAAGCCGUAGAGCAGAAGUUUAAUCUGGCUUGUAUUUUAGAGCACUAACCGGCGGUGCUUAGAGCUUUUUGCAUAAAAGAAGACGGCCAAUAUCAUACCGGAUGGAAUGAAUUUAUUUUCAGAUUUACUGGGAGUGCAGUGGUUUCUGUCUCAAAUGGACGUGACGAAGGCAAAUUAAAGGACGGAUGGAAAUGGAGACUACUUUGCUUUUUUAGAUCCUUGCUUCUAGUGGGCACGAAGGUGAUGCCAGAGAAAACAAAUCACGUUGUCUAAAUUUCAAAAGCAGCCUUUUGAGCCCAGUUCUGCAUUAUCAUACUGAUCUCAUUAUCCUGGGCUCAGCUGCUCUCUGGCUGCAUUCCUGUCUUUGUCACCAUCAGUUAUGCUUUGAACUUAACGGGCUAAACGUAAAGGUUAAGUCCAAAGAAAAGCUGACAGAAACACGGCCAUUUAUUUAGCAUCUUGUCAUGAACUCAAGUGUUCAUUCUCCUGGGAUCUGAAUGUCAGAAUAAAAUGUUUAAAAAACAAAGCAGUGAGAUUUCCCUCACGUAGAAAUGUUUGGACCGGUGCACUGAUGCGUACAAAGACUGGAGCUCCAGCUGAGGAAGGACAGCGGUGUGGCUGAGCCCGUGUACCCUCUCUGUGCAUGUCCUCCAAAUACGCCUGAAGAUGAUCCCCAUAUUUGUGAAUGAAUGCAUACCUCUGAGAGUUUCAGUUACACUGCAAUGGGUAAUAUCAUGUGCUCACUUCUUAAUGAUUUGUAUAGCUGCGGUUUUAUUAAGAAUCUAUUGUAUAGAUGUAUAAUUUAAUAAUAAA